AGGCAGACUGCUUCUACAAACAUUUGUGAAAGAAUGGGUCGCUCUGAGGAAUUAAGUGAAUUCAAGUGUGGUACCGUGAUAGGUUGCCACCUGUGCAAUAAGUCCAUCUGUGACAUUUCCUUGAUACUAAAUAUUCCACGGUCAACUGUUAGUGGUAUUAUAACAAAGUGGAAGUAACUGGGAACAGCAGCAACUUAGCCACCAUGUGAGAGGGGUCAGUGCAUGUUGAAGGGCACAGUGCAUGGAAAUCGCCAACUGUCUGCAGAGUCAAUAGCUAAAAACCUCCAAAUUUCAUGUGGCCUUCAGAUUAGCACAACAACAGUGUGUAGAGAGCUUCAUGGAAUGGGUUUCCAUGGCCAA